GGCACCCCCAAAGUCGACCAUUACUGGCUACUGGCGAUGCUGUUGUUGAAAGGAUUAGGCCAAGCAUGCUUGCGGCGGCAGUUCUUACGAGCCCAUUCGGUAGCAGCAUGGCGCCAUUUUGUUUCGGUUUCUCCCAACGUCACCGUCAGUGGGACAAAGAAACCGAGUGACACUGACGAUUAUCUGCGCUUGAUCUUUGACGACAAGACGGUUUGGAACCAGCAUCGAAUUUUAUCGCAGAGCCGUCAAGCCCUUGAGGAACAAAACGAUCAGCGAUCCGUGGGCCUGUUUGAGAAUCCCGACCUGAUUAAUGCAGAAGGAUUCCAUGCGGCAGCUCAGCGGGCAAUUCAGCGUGCUCAAUUUAUGGUUGAACGAAUUGCAAGAGCAUCGGAAAACGGGCCUGACGAAAUGCGAAAAGUGGUCAAGAAUUUGGAUCGCUUAUCGGAUACACUGUGCAGCGUGAUUGAUAUGGCGGAAUUUUUGCGAAAUGCUCAUCCGGACGGCGAGGUCAUGGAAGCUGCUAAUCAAGCUUAUGCCGAUCUGUGUUCGUACAUGAAUACGUUGAAUACCGAUACUCGGAUCCAUCGAGUACUUGCGCAAGUGCUUGCGGACAAGAGUAUCGUGGCUCAGUUUACGGCCGACGAGCAUGCCGCAGCGAUCGUCUUUAUGCGUGACUUUGAGAAAUCAGGCAUCCAUUUGCCGGAUGCUCGACGGGCUCAAUUUGUGAAAUUAUCGGAUCGAAUUAUCGAACUGGGACGAGAGUUCAUCCAACGAAAUCCUCGGGGUAUCCAUCAACUCAAAUUGCAACCGUCGUCGGUGAAAGCACUCGGACCGUCCUUUGCCCGGUCUUUGACAGCGGAAGAUGGCUUUGUCUAUCUCUCGACCGAUUCGGCCGAAUGUCAAAUGGUACUCAAAUAUACCGAGAAUGACCAAAUACGGAAGCAAGUCUAUGAAGCCAUGAACUCCGCAAACCGUGAAAGUGUCAUAAUCUUGGAGUUGCUGAUGCAGACACGAGCCGAAUUGGCUGCCUUGGUUGGACAAGACUCGUUUGCCGAAUUGCAACUCCAAGACAAAAUGGCGAAAAAUCCCAACAAUGUUAACGCUUUCCUAAGAACGCUACUUCAACACCAAGCACCGUCCGCUCAGCAUGAUAUCCACUUGUUACAGCAAACCAAGCAGCAGGCACUUCAUCUUUCAUCUCCACCCACUGUCAAUGCAUGGGAUCGCGACUACUAUAUGCAUCUUUACAACGUGUCUCAUCAAUUACCACAACAAGCAAGGUCACUCACACCUUACUUUUCGGUGGGGUCCGUCAUUCAGGGCCUGUCGCGUCUCUUUGAUCAUCUGUACGGUGUUCACUUUGAACCGGCUUACGUGCAUCCCGGCGAAGCGUGGCAUGAGGAUGUACAUAAGUUGGAUGUCGUUUGCGAAAGAGAAGGCAAAAUCGGCAUCAUCUACUGCGAUUUAUUCGGACGACCACGAAAGACCACCAAUGCUGCUCAUUACACGGUUCGCACGUCGCGACGCGUAGACGACGACGAUGCUGCCAACGAUAUUCGGUAUGCUUUUCCUGAUCAGCCAGAAACCGCAAUUGGUUGCCUGGCGCCCCCACCGGAAGCCACCGAUACCAUUCGAGGGCGCGAAGGCCGGUUUCAACUACCUAUUAUUGCCUUGACGUGCGAUUUCUCCCAUGGCACGAGUCACGGCGGGCCCCCUUUAUUAUCCAUGUUUGAAGUAGAGACCUUGUUUCAUGAAAUGGGCCAUGCCAUGCAUUCCAUGCUGGGACGCACCGAUUUUCACAAUGUGGCAGGCACACGUUGUGCUACGGAUUUUGUCGAGUUACCAUCGAUCUUGAUGGAACACUUUGUGUGGCAUCCCAAGGUUCUGCCUCUGUUUGCGCGGGAUCACCGUACGGGCGAGCAUCUGUCUCUGGAAGGCGUGAAUGCGUUUUUGGCGCAACGAAAACGGUUCGGCGGUUUGGAAGUCAACAGUCAGAUACUGAUGGCACUCCUUGACCAAGCUUAUCAUUCGGCCGAUGCCGGUCGCGAGCGAUUUUCCAGUGUCAAGGUGUGGCAUGACUUGCAAAACGAAGUUGGCAUGUUCCCCAGUGUGCCCGGCACAAUGUGGCCCGUGCAGUUUGGUCAUCUGUUCGGCUACGGAGCAGGCUAUUACUCGUACCUGUUUGACCGCACCCUCGCUCGUCGGGUAUGGCAGACAUGCUUUGAGCAGAAUCCACUGGAUCGCGAGAAAGGUCAGGCAUUCCGAGAUAAUCUGUUAAAGUGGGGUGGUGCACGCGAUCCCUGGCAAUGUGUCGCUCACGUACUGGGCGGCGAGGACGGCGAUCGAAUUAUUGCUGGCGACGAAGGGGCGAUGCGGGCAGUAGGCGACUGGGGCAUCGAUGUAUAAUAACAAAAACGUGCGUGAGCAAGAAAUAUAGACAAUGAUGACCAAAAAAACCAUCAUUUGUAUAAUGUAACGGAUGCUAAUUGGUGGUCCGACGAUUCGUGCAGAUUUCAAAACCUUUUUCCUAUGCUACCUCUUGUAAUAUGUCUUGCAUAGUAUAAUAAACUCUUGGUAACUCUAUUGAAUAGGCUUAAUCCAUGGGCGGCAGUAUUAAUCUUGCGGGAGGAAAGGUUGUAGUUUCUGUAGUGAGGGUCUUUCGGAAGAGGCAUUUUUGUCUCAAGGGCGGUGAUUGGAUUUCUUUGAAUGUGCAUUUGCUUGAUUUCAAUUUUUUUGGGUCUCGCUCACUCUGGCCCU